AUGCUAGUACUGGUGCCUACCGCAGUGUUUCUGCUCGGCUUCGCGUUCCCCACAGACCUGCAUGCCAGGGGACCUCCUAAUAGCUCUCAAGGGACUACGGGGGGCACAUUAGGCCGCGGUCCUGACAGGAGACGUUACUGGGUGCCGAGUGGCAAGCCGGCUGUAGGAUCGGACAUGUUUCUUACGGCGAAGCACGCAUUUAUAGUGGGGUUCUUUCUUAUAGAUAUCCCUGGUCUUGCUUUUAGGAUGGCUUUGCUGCUUCAUGGAGGUAGCUCCCAGGGGACCUUGCUUUGUCCGUUUCUGCUAAAGAAUUUGACUUGGAUAUGCCUAAGGCCACUUCAGAUGCACCAGUGUGUCUUGGCUGAGAAGGAAGACGCCAGCUGUCAUCAGCGAGAAGUCCUCACUGUAGCCACAGAUGUUCCUCGACAGAUUCGCGCUGCCAUUUGUGCUACGGGCUGUCCUGCUACUGGUGCUGAUGGCGUCCCAACAAGGAGGGAUGGAGUGGGAAUCCCGCCAGCCUGCUGCUUCGAAGAGCCUGGACUUCCUGCUGCAGCAGAACUCCACCAACUAAGAAACCACAUGGGCAGUUCUUCGACUGGUGAUGCAGAAGAUGCUACGGCAGUUGCUGCAGCAGCGGCUGCGGCUGUUAGAGAACGACAGCAGGCCUUCCUUCUAAACCUACUGGACAUUCAAACCCUCAGUAGCCUCAUAAGCAAUGAAGCAUCCUUCUACUCGGCUCCAGCAGAUGUCGCGGAGGCUCACACCCAGGACACAGCCUCUCCAGCGGCUACGGUUACGUCAGCAGCAGCAGGCGGAAGGGGUCACUCCGCAUCCACCGUAUCCGAGGUGCAGCAACCGGCAUACAAGAGGCCUCUACAGCGCUUUAUGACUCACGGCCCUCUGCGAUUCUUUAUGCUGCGCACAAAGCAGCAAGAGGAUCAGCAGGCUUCCGCUGUAUCAGAUCUGGCAACAGGCGCCGUUACAGAGGAGCCAAAGGCACCCCCCUUGGGCAGGGCCUUCACACUCAGUAGAUGGAAAAGACAACACAAGGGAAAGGACCAACACAAUCUAUUUAGGAACUAUCGAUCUGUCAUUUUGCCGCCCUCUGCAGUAAGAACUGGAGCAAACGGCCCAGCAAAAAAUCGUUUGACUCCAAUACGAGAAAGGGCAGCGACAACUGUGGCACCCGCAACAACAGCAGAUCAGCAGUUCCCUCUACCUUUUAGCAAGAGACUUGGGGAGCGUUUAGCAUCUCUAAGGGCAUUCAGAGGACGCAGACGCUCUACAGUUCCCUCAUGCUCUAAGAAACAAGGGGAGCAACAGCCAGAGCAGCCGGAAGAUCCCAAAGAUCUUCUCAGCCGUGGAAAGUCCAGGCAUCCCCCAGCGCACUCCCAGCAGGCUCCACAAUACAAGCCGCAGCAACAGCGCGGAGACGACCCGGCAAGUCCAGGAAAGGAAAUGAUAGACGGGGCGCUUCUUACCUUCGGUCGACGCCCUGAAAAGGCUCCGAGACUAGCCACAGGAGGCUUCUCGCCCAGAGGCCCUGAGCAGACUCUCGACCUUGCCCAGUCCUGCACCAUGCACAGGCACGGACACGCACCUUGCAGGGAUGGGGGCGCUGCUUUUGCACUGGAGCCUUACGACGCAUGCCAGGGUCUAGCGGAAACUGCACCGACGGCGGGAACAGCCCAAAGCGGCAGCUGCUCUAAAAUACCUCUCGGCUGGCUGCAACUGGACACGUUCAAUCCGGCACCAGCCGCUAUCUACACGGCACCAUUGGCAGCACCGACCGCACAGAUGAAUGGACAAAAAAGCAAGCAACCGGGAGACCUUUUCCCCCACGAGCUCUCUUGCCUCGCUUCACGAACCUUAUGGCUGCUUGAUGCUCUGAGGCGACAACAGUGGGAGCUGCUGCAGGAAGGGUUCCCAGUGAAACGCAUUGGUUUUUCUCUACUGCUGAAGCGGCUGCUUAUACUGCUGCUGCGCCCCCGCGGAAGAGGAUUUGCUGCUGUCACAGACAGUGGAGUGCAUAUAAGCCGCAAGCAACAGCUCCUACUUGCUUUUGUUGCCAUUUUUACACACUUGGCGAAGCUUUUGCUAGUUCUCCACCCCUUCAUAAGCACCCUUAUUGCGCAGCAGCAGCAACUGGAAGAAAGGCUGCACGAGGAAGAAUCUUUGGUGCAGAAGGCUCCGGGGGAGCUGCUCCUAAUGGGCGAGGGCGGACUUUUAUUGCUGAUUCUUAUAUCGCUGCUGGUGCUGCUACAGGCAACCCUGUAUUUGUGUCUCUCUGUCCCUUUCCUGGAUACACUUUUCGUAGCUGUUGGUGGAUGCCUGAGCCUCGCGUCUUUGCAAGGACUGCUGGCUACCAUAGAAACGCUCUUCCAUAGUCCCCACAGGAGUGAAGGGCCCCCUAAGAGAAAUCCAGGGGCUCCAGGUGUGGAUAUAUGGUUUAUAGAGCUGCCUGUGGCCGAGAUAUUGCUUCGGUUGGUGCUAUGUGCCCCCCCUUUCUUCUCGCUGCUACAGCUAAUCCUGCCAGUUUGCAGCUUGCUCUGCCUCCGGAGCACCGUGGCGUGCUCGUGGCAGCCACGCUCCGCGGCUACACUAAGGCAGCAGUCGGAGCACCAAUACACAGUGGACGAGCCGUUCACCUACUCGGGACCCCCUGGUGGAGACGAUCCCGCAGUCCCUGCAGGCACCGCCGGAGUGCUGCUGCUGCUGCUGUGCAGUAGCAUGGGGGCCCCCCUAUCACUUCAUGCCCUCUUGGUAGGGGGCCCCCUACUGCGCAGCGUGCGGCUGUGCGACCAGCUACUGCAGCACCACUUCGAUGCAACGGUGCUGCUGUUGUGUUCUCGGGGUAUCACUGCAGGUUGGGCCCCUAACCGGCUGCUGCUUGUUGUACACUUCUGCUACUUCUGCUUCUGCUGCUGUUAUAUGAUGCUCUCUUGUAGCGUGCGGCUGCUGCAAUUGCGGCGGUGCGAGCUGCUUUUGCAGAUGCAGCUACUUCUGGAACCGUUGCACCCUGCAAUGCAAUCGCAGGAAACCGGGGCAACAGGGGCAGCUGUUUCCGCCGGUUUAGAUUUUGAUGAUGCAGCUGCAGGGGGGGGACCGUCAGACACUUCGCUGCACGGCCAAAGAGCAUACUCAGCAGCAGCGGCUGUUGCUGUGGCCCCUUCACAGCCUCCCUAUAUUUUGCUGUCUGAGGUUCAUAGGCACCUGCAGACGGAGGGGUUUUUCUCCUUUAGCAGCAGCAUCUGGCCUCCCUGCUGGGCAUGGGGUGGUGCAGUUGGCAGAACUGAUACAGCUGUUUGCGAUGCUGCUGUUGCUGAUAUCGCGUAUGUGUUGGAAGCAGCCAGCACUGCUGUUAUUUGUGCUUCAGCCCCCCAGAGCGUCCGUUGCACCAGCUGCAGUAGCAACAGUAACAGGUAUGGCCUUGCCUGUGUUACCUCAGCUUUACUUGCUGACUUCGCGUGUACUCCAGCCUUUGAUUCGCCCUGGUUCUCCGCUUCUUCGUCUUCAACAGCAUUGGCUGUGUGGUUCGCUACGAGGCAGCACGCCCUGCUGGUAGCCCCCAAGGGGCCCUCAUCAGAUCCAAGAGGCGGCUGGGAGCAAAGAGAGGCCUUGAACGCUGUCGCUUCUGGCAAUGCAGAAAGCAAAGGUAACCGUGUACCUCUACAAAAUCGGCAACAGCAGCAGUACAGCAGUAACCGCAACACCAAAAAAGAGUUGGAAGAGGGGCAACGAAAAGCAUCUGCAGUCUUUCGCAUAACAGCAACAACAAGGGAAGACGCGCUUUUGAAACAAUGGGAGCAUAGGAGGCAGAGAGAAAGGAUAGGGCCGGCAGAGGAAUCGCAUUCGAUAGCAGGCCCGACAAGUCGCAUGUCGAUGCUGACGGGAAGCGAAGAGACAACGUAA